AUGUCUAUAAACGCCAUUUCAGCCACUUUCAUCCAGCACGACUCUGAGCCUACGCAUUAUGUCCAUCCGUAUCUCUUCACACAUGAAAGCGACGAAACAGGCGAAGUCUACGUCUGGUCUUCAAAUGAUAAUUCGCUCUAUGCUACCCUUGAAGAACCUAUGGCCGAUCCGAAGGCUCACCACUUGUUACCCAAUGAUUAUCUUCUCAGUCUAACCACCGCUACGGAGAACCACGCACUUAGCGAAAUACUCAUUCAUAAAAUUCCCGACGGCGUACUAGUCGACCGGAUGACACUUGGCCCCCUCGAUUCCUCAGGAUCUGACGGAAACUCCAAGUUUCUCUGUGUAAAUCAGGGAAAUAUUGCUGUUUGGAGAAAUAAAGGCGCCAGCGAUGGGAGUGGGUUUGUAGAGAUUUACACAUUGUCGACAGAGGGAAAACUGGUAUUAUCAGAAACUCUCCUUCCUCCUCAAGGAUGCCCAAGCUUCGAAAGCGACGCGUUGCCGGGGAAAUACUUCCCACCAUCCGCACUCGUCACGACAAACAACGAAAUCAUCACAGUCAACGCAACCAAGCGUUCAUUCCCGAGCUGCAUCGACGUGAUCCGCUUCACCUCAAACACCAAUACCGCCCGACAAAAACAUAUUACGUUCGAUUUCUUAACAGAGGAACUUCCAUCCCCCAACGCCGAUAUGCAAAGCAGCCUCUCUGGACAUGUAUACCUCCCCACCCACAACGCGGUAAUUCUAGCACAUAACGAAUUCCCAUUCGAAAGCUCCGGAACAAAUCCAGUCACUGCCAUCCGAUGUCUCGACGUAGACACUCUUGAACUCAGAUGGUCUACAUCACUGCCGUGCGAUACGUGUAAGCUGCGGUAUAUCUCCGAGUUUGACGUGGUACUCUCCCUAGGGAACGCUAUCACCUCUCUUAAAGACGAGGAUGGCACACUUCUAGGUGCAAAGUCCCAUUUAUCCAUCAUCGCUCUGGAUCCUGCGACAGGGGAUAUCCGUGCGUCUCAUAUACUAGGUGGACCUGAGAGACCGUGUGGUAAUGUACAUUGGGAGGAGAUGGCAGGGGUAUGCUGCGAUGUCACUCCGAAAGGCGAUAGUAUAACUGUUAUACACGGAGACGGGCAGCUGGCUGUUAUCCCCGUGAAAGAGCUGCUCGGCCUCGCGCCUGUGGAAUUCCUCAAUAAUGAUAAACUCAAAACGGUUGCGGCUCCUGAUAUCGAACCGUCCAUUCCAUCAACCGACGAGGAACGCAAGGAUGUAGAAGAUGGGCGCUGGAGAUGGGUGAGGAAGGGGUUUGUGGGCGAUAAUGCUGUGUUGGUGCAUCUUCUUAGGAAUAGAGGGUUCGUUGGGUUAACUUGGGAGUAA